GAAUCGAGAGCUUAAGAGGAGGAAGAGGAGGAGGAGGAGGAGGAGGCAGCUGUUUGGAAAUGAAACUCAGCCCCCAGGUGUGUCAAUCAGUAGGCGGGUGUUUCCUCUCUCCUAUAAGUGACAGCGUACAGUACAACCAGGAAGUGGAGAUCAGUAGAGGAGCAUAACCCAGGCGUUUGUGAUCUAGCGGAGGUUCGGUCCUCUGCGCACCGACUGCCAGCAUGCAGUUCUGGGACUUCCUGGGCUGCACCAACGGAGACAUUUCCAGAAUAUCAUACUACGCAGAAUAUGACGGCCGCCAGUUAGCCCCAGCGUUAGCAUCUGAGUCAGGCAUGGCAUCGUCUUCCUACUUGGAAUCCAACCUCAAUCACUCGGCGGCGGGUGGUUGUGGGGUUAAAUCCCGGUCCGGAAUGCCCGGAGGUCCCGGCACCAGCAGCUCGGCUGGAGGUCUGGAGCGACCCCCCGGUUCCAUGGACCGGGUUCUCAAGAUCUUCCACUACUUUGAGACAAACAGUGAACCGUGCACCUGGGCCAGCAACAUCAGGCAUGGGGACGCUACAGAUGUCAGGGGCGUCAUCCAGAAGAUAGCAGAGAUCCACAAACUGCGCUGUGUGUCCUCUCUGGGCCUCCGUCUGACCCAUUUGCACUCUGAUGCUCUCCACUGGUUGCAUCCUGAUCUGGGUGUGUCUCAUGUACGGGAGAAAUAUGAGAAACAGCACCCCCAGGAGGAAUGGAGGUAUGAGUUGCGGAUGCGGUACCUUCCUAAAGGUUAUCUCAGCCAUUUCUCUGAAGACAAACCUUCUCUGAACUACCUCUAUCACCAGGUAAAGAGUGACUACAUGCAACAUAUAGCUGACCAGGUGGAUCAAGAUGUUGCACUGAAACUGGGCUGUUUGGAAAUAAGGAGGUUCUUCAGAGAGAUGCCCGGCAACGCCCUGGAUAAGAAAUCCAACUACGAACUACUAGAGAAAGAUGUUGGUUUGAGAAGGUUCUUCCCUAAAAGCCUGCUGGACUCCCUGAAGGCAAAGGCUCUUCGUAAGCAGAUCCAGCAGACCUUUAAGCAGUUUGCUAACCUCAACGAUGAGCAGAGCAUCCACAAGUUCUUUGAGAUCCUCUCUCCCAUCUACCGCUUCGACAAGGAGUGCUUCAAAUGUGCUUUAGGGUCUAGUUGGGUAAUAUCAGUGGAGUUAGCUAUCGGACCAGAGGAAGGAAUCAGCUACCUCACAGACAAAGGCUCGACACCCCUCACUGUCACUACAGCGUCGCUGACCACAGCAGAAAACAUGGCCGACUUGAUUGACGGCUACUGCCGGCUCGUCUCCUCAGCUUCUCACUCGUUCAUCGUCAGAGUCCACAAAGAGGGAGACAGAGCUCUUCCUUCUAUACCAAAAGUUUCAAAUCAUGAGAAGCGGAUGGAAAAGCGGAUGGACGGAGUACGAACCCGAGCCGUUUGUGUCUCAGAAACAGACGACUAUGCUGAGAUCAUAGAUGAGGAGGACACCUACACGAUGCCUUCAACACGGGACUAUGAGAUUCAGCGGGAUCGUAUCGAGCUCGGCCGCUGCAUCGGCGAGGGUCAGUUUGGAGACGUCCACCAGGGAGUCUACAUCAGUCCGGACAAUCCAGCUCUGUCUGUGGCAGUAAAGACGUGUAAAAACUCAACGUCUGACAGCGUCAGGGAAAAGUUCCUCCAGGAAGCAUUGACCAUGCGUCAGUUUGACCAUCCUCAUAUUGUGAAGCUGAUGGGAGUUAUCACUGAGAAUCCAGUGUGGAUCAUCAUGGAGCUCUGCACUCUGGGAGAGUUACGGUCAUUUCUCCAGGUGAGGAAAUACAGUCUGGACCUGGCAACCCUCAUCCUGUACUCUUAUCAGCUCAGCACGGCUCUGGCCUAUUUGGAAAGCAAACGCUUUGUACACAGGGACAUCGCAGCCAGGAAUGUGUUGGUGUCUACAGUCGACUGUGUGAAGUUGGGAGACUUUGGUCUGUCACGAUACAUGGAAGAUAGCUCCUAUUAUAAAGCAUCUAAAGGCAAACUACCUAUCAAAUGGAUGGCUCCAGAAUCCAUCAACUUCAGACGGUUCACAACAGCCAGCGACGUCUGGAUGUUUGGCGUCUGCAUGUGGGAGAUUCUGAUGUACGGCAUCAAGCCUUUCCAGGGUGUGAAGAACAACGACGUGAUUGGCCGGAUAGAGAACGGCGAGCGCCUGGCAAUGCCGCCUCAGUGUCCCCCGACUCUGUACAGCCUGAUGACCAAGUGUUGGUCGUACGAUCCCAGCAAGAGGCCGCGAUUUACCGAACUGAAAACGCAACUAAGCACUAUCCUAGAGGAGGAGAAGGUCCAGCAGAAGGAGAGGAACCGGAUGGAGAUGAGGAGGCAGGUCACUGUUUCAUGGGACUCUGGAGGCUCUGAUGAAGCUCCACCAAAACCCAGUAGACCAGGUUAUCCCAGUCCUCGGUCCAGUGAAGGUUUCUACCCCAGUCCUCAGCAUCCUGGGCACUACCAGAUGGCGGGGUACCCAGGCCCUCACACUCUGCCCUCGGUGCCCAGCGCCUUGUACCCUCCACCGGCCGCCAUGCUGGACACUCACCACGCGCACACUCACCCCCGACACCACGUGCACACUCAUUCACACGUACAGCACCUUCCUCAGCCGCACGGACAGGACAUGGCUCUGUGGGGAUCUGCAAUGGAGGACGGUGCGGUAGACAUGCAGCAGUGUGUAGAACAGCAGUGCCUGUUAAUGGAGGAACAGCUGAUGAUACAACAGCAGCAGAUGGAGGCGGAUCAGAGGUGGCUGGAACAGGAGGAAAGGCUGCUGAAACCGGACACGAGGAGUUCUAGAGGAAGUCUGGACAGAGAAGAAGGUGGACUCCAACCACCGACAGGAAACCAGCACAUAUACCAGCCCGUUGGCAAACCAGAGCAUGCGGCGCCCCCAAAGAAACCCCCUCGACCCUCAGCCCAGAGCCAGCUGGGCGGCCUGGCCUGCCUGAAUACUGGAGACAGCUACAACGACGGAGUCAAGCCCUGGAGGCUGCAGCCUCAGGAGAUCAGCCCGCCUCCCACCGCCAACCUGGACCGCUCCAACGACAAGGUGUACGAGAACGUGACGGGAUUGGUGAAAGCUGUGAUCGAGAUGUCGAGCAGGAUUCAACCGGCGCCUCCAGAGGAAUACGUUCCCAUGGUCAAGGAUGUGGGUCUGGCAUUGAGAACGCUAUUGGCCACAGUGGAUGAGACUCUACCUCAACUUCCUGCCAGUACACACAGAGAGAUCGAGAUGGCACAGAAGCUGCUAAACUCUGACUUGGCAGAGCUGAUUGGGAAAAUGAAGUUAGCCCAACAAUAUGUGAUGACCAGCCUGCAGCAGGACUACAAGAAGCAGAUGUUGACGGCGGCUCACGCACUCGCGGUCGACGCCAAGAACCUGCUGGACGUCAUCGACCAAUCGCGGCUGAAGAUGAUGGCCCAGUCCCGCCCACAUUAGCCCAACGCCCGCCCAGCUGACCAACAGCAGCAUCACUGUGGUUUCUGUUGGCGGUGCAGAGCUAAAGACUCCUGGAUGAGUGACGUCGGUCAUGAUGGAGAGAACAGUCCGCGAAGAAUCAUUAGAAUCUGGGAAUAAAAUCUCCACCACUGUGACUUUGUCAUACAAGAACAGAGCAAAAACACUUCCUGAAUCAGGGACUUGGCAGCUUCGCUCUCUUUGGACUGGAACACAGUGAAGAAAGGAGGAAAAGCAACGAGGAAGAGAGGAAUAAACUGCAGCUCUGGGCCUGAGAUCAGUCUGAUUCCACAGUCAGAAGCUUCAUCUAUCGUGGGAGGGCUUGGGUCUCGUUGACAUCGAGUGGAUUUACAGCUUUUAGACAGAACCAUCGGACGCUGACAACAUAUCUGCAUGAAGCUUCACAGUGAGGAUGGACUUCACAUCAGCCAGCAGCCACUUAAUGACGUUGAUCUGUUGUUUUGACCGCUGGUACUGAACUCCUUCCUCAGAACAAACCAGAUGUUUUCUCCUCGGGUUCGGGUGGACGUUCAAGAAAACUCAGAGUAAACUCCAGGCUUUUCUUGGUCUCCUCCAUCCAGUCCUGUGUUCCCUCCGUCUCACCAGGUUUUAUUUAUAGACUCAAAUUGCAGAGGAGGAGACGGAGGGAGGAACAGGAAACACAGGACAGCCGAGCAGACCGAACACACAAUCCUCCUCCUUCCUCCCUGUUUCACUCACUUUUACCUUCCUCUCAGUCUUCCUCAGCUCCUCUCUGAGCAGGUUUUAAAGACUCCAAAUGUGAAGAAUCCAACUCUGUCUGGGUACACACUCAACUACUCUUUUUUUAUUGGCUGGCUCCAUGUUUUUUGUGUUGUUUUGAGCAGUCUUCUUCUUCUUCUCCUUCUCCUUCUUCUUCUUCUUCUUCUUCUCCUUCUUCUUCCUCUGUGCUGAAAACAAGCAGAUAUUCAAUCCCAGCAAAGACUGAUGGAAAAAAACAUGGAUUCUGAGGGUUCGGUGUGAAGAGGAGGUUCUCAUGUCUCAGACUGGUCACUGAGCUUUACUUCUUUCCUCUAUAGUCCCAAUAUUGUCCAGAUGUUCCUCAUAUAAAACUAGUGUCACACCUUUAACUGUCUGACCACCCACCAGUGACGCAUACAGUCCUCCCACCUGGAACCUUCGUGCUCCGAGUCCCAGUUUCUGUCAGGUGUAACACUUUAAAAUGUCCCUCCUUAUAACAGUCCCCAGGGAAACAAACACACAUGAAAUGUGGAGCCACAUGACUGGAACUUGUCUUGCAGACACAAAACACUGAACUGAGAAUACAGCAGAUCACAUGUGUUAAUAUCGAGCCCACAUGGAGUGUAAUGACUUACUGCUAUAUGAAUUAUACUGGUGACUGUACUGGUGUAGCAUGAUAUACUGGUACAGAGAAGAGCAUAUUUGCACAGCACCAAAAAAACAAACAAACAAAAAAAAACCCCACAUCCUAACUUUUUUAAUCCUAUUUUACCCAGAUGUGAUUCCCAUGUUUAGCCAGCAAAGAAACUAUCAAAUAUCUGGGUGUUAUAGGGAUUAAAACCUUAAAAAAAAAUCAAUAAAAAAUACAAAAAAAAAAUACAAAAAACAAACAAAACAAUCUAUUUUAUCUCCUUGUUGUUGCGUAAAUCUGCUCAUGUUGGUAUAUUGUAAGCUAUACUGGUGUGUAUCACUGGUGAAUUGUACAGAACUCGUACUAGUAAACACUGGUUUUUAUUUUGUCUGGGCUAAAUCAGCCACCUUGUCAAAUAGGAGGAAAAAAACAAUGAAAUAAAAUAAUGACGAAAUCA